AUGCGUCGACCCCGCAGCCCCAGCACCUGCCCUGCGCCCAGCUGGCCCCCGCAGCCUGGAGAGCCGGGCCCUGCCAAGCGUCGCCGAGUGGAUGUGCCCACCGCGGGCCCCGAGCCGCUGCCACAGCCUGGCCUAUGGCACCAGUCCUGGGCCCAGCACGCCUCGGAAGACGCCAACGCUCUCCCUCUGCAAGAGGACAACGCCAUAGCUCUAGAAGAAGCCGAAGCACUAGGACUACAACGGGCCGAUGGCCUGGCUAGCCGUGACCCCGAUGCUGUUGCGCUCCAAGAAGCCAACACUGCUGCUUUGCAAGAGGCCAACAACGCCCCAAAUCUAGAAGACGGCAAUAGCCUGCCUCUGCAAGAAGACAAGGCCACUGCCCAUUACGAGGCCGCUGCCGGUGUGGAUGCACAUGGCUUGGCGCCCAGCUCGCUGAGCUCUGUGGUGGUGCUGCCCGCCGGCUCGGCCCUGUGGCUGCAGCACCCCGAGCUCGGCGUCGACCUGCUGCUGGAGCCCCCGCCCAUGGCCGUCGUCACAGUGUCGCUGCUGGGAUGCACGCUGCUCCUGGUGCCCCAGGGCCUCCUGGACGCCGCCGCCUCGCACUCCGGAGCCCAGGGACAGGCUCCCGGUGGCCUGCAGCUGGACGCCUUGCUGGUCGCGGUGGAACAGCUGGUCGUCGCGGGCCAGCAGCAAUGGGCAUGCGCCUCCGUGCCCGACGGCGCAGGCCAGGAAGAUGCCUUGCAAGAAGCCGCCCCAGCCCCAGCCCCCGCCACCUCCGCUUCCGCCGCCUCUGAGCUCCUGGCUCCCAGUCCUUGGGCCGCAGCUCCCAGAUCUGCCUUCGACCUCGACUACCAACUGCUGCACCCCCUCUCACCCAGCUCCUCGCUCCGGCCUCUGCCUCCCUCUCCCAGUCCAGAUCCCCAGGAGCGCCCCGAGAACCCGCAGCGCCCUCGCCGCCCCGCCUGCAAGGCCCGAAGACGCCUGCUCUUCCAGUGA